CGUCCUUCGACUGAAACUGGCUUCCGGUGUCAGCCAUUGUGGCUCUAGCGCGAGCUGGUAUUCAACGGGCUCCGCUUCCGUUCGCUUGAGCCCGAAUGUCGCCGUUUUCCCCGUCCCAGCUCAAGUGUCACUGGACGUGAAAACAGCGCCAUUUCUGUCGGCGUACAUGAUACGCUAUGCUACCGCAGCGGAUUCCAGAGCCCGAGCUCGGAACGGCAGCAAGUGACAAGUAGCCGCUCCCCUUUCGGCCGUUGCUCUCCUCUUCAGCCCGCUCGCAGGUGGCGCUGGCGAAGUGAUUGCCACGACAUGGGCGCCUCCGUGUGACGCAAACACAUUGUUGUGUUUAGCCGCGCAGCUGAGAUCCAUCAGCGGCGCAAGCCAUGCCUGACGAAUAAAAACCACCCUUUUUGCUGAAAGCAACCAAAAAGGGGAAAAAUAAUCCCACAUGCCUCCUCACGUAGAACCCCUUCAGCGCAUCCCCCCGGAGUGAUUAGCCCACCUUUCAGAAGUUCCGGCUUCCGCGUCGCCCUCCCUCCGCCGCUCAUCUCCACCAACCACCCGACAAACACCCCCCUCGCGAUGCCGGCCCACCUGAGGAUAACAAACACCUGAGGUCUCAUGCGUCCCGUGAGCACCGAUUCAGACGGCCCCGCUCCUCCCGAGACGCUCUCUUGCUCCGACCCCCUCGUGGCCCCCCUGCCCGCUUCAGAGAUGUCCCUGUUCCAGUCGCUGGGUCCAGUACAAAGCUGGCUGGGCCAGGAGCUGGAGAAGUGCGGGAUCGAUGCCAUGAUUUACACCCGCUAUGUCCUCAGCCUCCUCCUGCAUGACAGCUACGACUAUGACCUGCAGGACUACCUUCACGAGAAUGACAUCUUUUUGGGCUGGGAGAAAGGAACUGGGAAGAAAUGGAGCAAGAGUAAGAAGAAGGGAGGCAGCGACCUGAGUCUGGAGGAAAUGAAGAAACAAGCGGCCGUGCAAUGUCUGCGUUCUGCAUCUGAUGAGAACUCUGGAAUUGAAAGCCUGGUCGAGGAACUUUGCUCCAAACUAAGGGACAUUCAAAACAAACAGAAAGAGGAAAAACAGAUCCAAAAAAAGUCUGAUGGCGCACAUUCUCCCGAACGAUUUGAGUCCCCCUCUUCAAAGGACCAGGUGGAAAUGUAUUAUGAAGCCUUCCCACCUUUGUCAGAGAAGCCCGUUUGUCUCCAAGAGAUCAUGACCGUGUGGAACAAAGCCAAGGCCUGCGCAUACUCGAGUUCAUCCUCCUCGGCCGCUCCGCAGACCAGCACAGACACUUCCUCCCCGAAAGAUUGCAACAGCGAAUGCGAGGCCGCCAAGGAGCGCAACCCCGAAGCGUGCGCUACCGUCACCAGCGCCACAACGGAGAGAGGCCAGCACCGCCGAAGCAAGAAGGAGAAAGAGAACCGAUACCGCGGCGGCGCGGCGGCAGAGGAGAAGAACACGGCCCACUCCAAGAGGCAAGCCAGACACAGGUCCGAGGGCAAAUAUCGGCCCCGAUCCUGGUCCUCCGGCUCCAGCGAGGGGGGGUCCAGCUCAAGCGGGAACCAGGGCGACAAGUCGUUCAGAAGCAAGGCGCUUAGGGUAAGGCACAAAUCCAGGGAGGUUGGGAAGAAUAAGAGGCAGCGCAACGGCGGACAGCCCAAGCUCCAGCCGAAGGCUGCGGAUAAAGAGGAGCAACGAAACACGGGGGGGACGACGGGCAAACCGCCGCCGCAGCUUUACAAGAAGAAUAGGAGAUCCCUGAAAGAGAUUUAUAAAGAUCCCGCCUGGCCGCAAGCAACCGAGAUGAGGUUUGAGGAGAGAAAGGAAUACAUGGAGGAGCCACUUUGGUACACUGAGCCCAUCACAGACUAUUUUGUACCGUUUAGCAGCAAGCAAAGCAAGCUGGAAACAAAGUAUCGGAGCAAAGUGGGCGCCCCGGUAGACUUUGCCUCGGCAGCUGACGCGGCCGCGCUGCCGGAAAGAAUCCGGGGAAUCUGCGUCGCCAACGAGAGCUACCCGAGAGCGUACCUCGCCGCGGGCUCCUUUGUGGACGGCCAUUUUGUGGAAGCGGACGAGGAGGCGGCGGAACUCGUCGGGACCUCGAGCUGCCCUCGGCCAGAGGAUCGCGGACAUUUAGAUGACAAGCAUCUGCCAGAAUUCGACGACUUCUAUGAAGUUGAUAUUUAUCAAUCCAUAUUGGAUACCAGUGCCUCAGACUCGUUACGAGAGAGUCGGAUCCUCGGCAUGAUUCGGCAAAAAAGCAAGGAGCAGAGUUGUUCGGCGUUCGACGGACCGGAGCAGCGAGGGAAAAGUGCAAUAAGGGCAGACUUGGAGGAAGCCUCGGGAUCUUACGGGUUCCUGAUGGAGGAUCUCCACAGCAUGGCUCAAGUCUGGGGAUGUUUCUCGCCGUCGACUUCAGACGAUAUCGACGGGGAAAGCUUCAUGGGCGACUCGCCCGUCCGACUCUCCCCGCUCCUCGAUAGCGUUUCCUUCACCCUGCGCAAUCUAUCCGCAAACGCGGCCGAGCCGCGAGUCCCCGAGACGGCCGGCGAGGCGUCCGGCCCCAACUCGUCCGGCUUCUCCCUUUUUGAGCUGCAGUACGACAGUCCCACUCUUUCUUUUCCCGGCGACGCGCUCUCCGUCACCCACGACGGCAACGCCGACGCUAACAAACAGUCUCGUCUGCUCAUAUGGACCAAAAAUAGUGCCUUUGAUGAAACUGAACACUGCUCCAACCUUUCGACGCGGACUUGCAGUCCGUGGUCGCACUCGGAAGAGACUCGUUCGGACAACGAGCACGGGACGAUUGCCGCCGAGGACCCCGCCGCUCCGAUCGGCACCGAGGAAAUUGAUUGUAUCAUCCCUCCGAUUUCCGGUACAUAUCUCGAGGAUGAAAUCUUGGACUUCUUGCAAGAGGACCCGGGGCGCAAAUGCGAGGAGGCGGCGAGUAUUUGCACCGCCUCCUGUCAGACGUACACCAAAAAAUCCAAAUUGGAGUCCCUUUGCGGAAUAGCAUUGGAAGAGGACGAGAGUAAAGCGUACCGUACGAGCGUUUUCUCGGAAAACGCAAACCAGCAGAGGGGCGAGUACAGCUCAGGAAUAAUCAAAGACAUUUGGUCCGCGGUCGGCGAGGCCAAGUCGGCGGCGGCGUCGAGGCAAGGUGGGGAGAAAAUGAGCGAGAAGGUGUUUUCCGAAGACUCGGGCGCUUACUGCGGCAGUUGCCUGGAGGUGCCGGCCAAGGGCGGUCCGGUUGAGGCGCCUCAGAAAAAAGCAGUGCAGCGCUCGGAGUAUCACCUCUGGGAGGGCAAGAACGAAGAACAGGACUUAGCCAAAAACAAAGUCUCCAAGUUGGAUGGCGCCGGGGACUACACGACUCCGUCCAAGCCCUGGGACUUGAGAUCCGAUAAAGACGGCACAUCUUUCAUCAUCGGCGGCGUGUACGGCGAGUUCACGACGUUAAGUUGCGAUAAGAAUUGGGCCGUCGUGCCGCCGAACGAAUCUCGGCACGGUUUGCUGCCGUCGAGCGCCGCGUCGCGUUCGGGUUCGGAAAUGCUCGCCAUCGCCGGCGCGGACGUGUUGGUGAACAAGGGCGGCUGCUUCGCUCCGGGACACCGGCGCCUGUGGAGGCCGCUGGUGUCCUUCGGCCAAAGCGAGCACGCCAUCGCCGGGAGCCGAGACGGAUUCAACAAGGGAUUUUCUUUCAUCUUCCGGGAAGAUUUGCUGGGAUCUUACGACGGCUUGCGCGGCCAAGAGCGGCGUUUGGAAUACCCGUUUGGAUCCUUGGACCUGAACAAUCCCUUCUCUCAAGUCCUCCACGUGGAGUGUUCCUUUGAGCCCGAAGACAUGGCCUCCUUCAGUCCGGGGUUCAAGCCGAAAUCGAUACUUUGCUCCGACUCGGAGAGCGAGGCCUUCUGCCCCCGGAUUUACGGCAUCAACCAAACGCAGUACAGGGCCAUUCGCAUUUCCCCCAGGACUCAUUUCCGGCCGAUAUCGGCCUCCGAGUUGUCUCCCGGCGGGGUGAGCGAUUCGGAGGCCGAGACCGACAAAGAGGAGACGAGUUUCCCCGUCCCGCCGCCGGUGGACGUCUUCGACGAUCCUCAGGCGGAUCUCAAACCACUCGAGGACGACGCGGAAUGCGAGGGCCCGUACUACGGGAAGUCCGAACUGGAAUCUGGCAAAUUCCUGCCCAGGUUGAAGAAGUCUGGCAUGGAGAAGAGUGCCCAGACCUCUUUGGAUUCGCAGGAGGGCCCCGGCGUCCUUCUGCCCAUCGCUGAGCAAGAAAUAUUUUUGGACGACGUGUCGACCGCAGGCGGGCGGACGAGCUCCUCGGUCACUCCGUCGCGAAAAGAGCAAUCUCCGGUGGAGAAAGCCAGCUGCUUGCGCGUGGCGGCCGCUCAAAUCCCCAAAUACGGCAUCGCGUACGACUUUGUCCGAGACGUGCCGCAGUUCCCUCUGUUAAAUAGAAGUGGACAGGGAGUAAGUGGCAACCAGGACGAUGAGUGCUGGUGGCAAAAUGCGCUCGGCCCGCCCUUGUUCCCCGGAUCUCAGUGUACAGGCAGCAGCAACAUUUGAGUUCUUCAUUUCGCCGUGGACUUGUGUUGGCACGAGGAACAGUUGCCGAGUUUCGGCGACUGGACCGCCACCGGCUUUUAUUCAGGUUCAUCUCAGAGCCGCCAAACCCUAACCGAGGCUAAUCUCUCGCUUUCCACUGCUUCCGCAGCACACGCGUAACUGUUUUUUUUCUCCCCCCCCCCCUCCCUAUUUACUAAUGCUUGUGUAAUCAAUAAUCAGAUCGACACACAAAAAAAAAACGUAAAAUAAGAUGAUGGGAAAAAAAUAAGUUGAUGUGCAGAGAUAUCCGUUGAAAGCAUUUUAGAGCGCGCUGCAGUUGAUGCAGCUAUGAGAUCACCACUUGUUUUUUUCCAGUUGUGGUCCUUGCACCAUUCUACUUCCCAGCGACAAUACUGGAUGGUUAGUGGCGCCUGAAUGGCCGUUCGUAUGCGUUUGUCUGGCCAGUCUCACUCCUUUUUUUUUUUUUUUUCCCCUCCCUUAGUAAACAAAAUAAACCAAACCAAAAACUAAUUGCUGCAUAAAACAACUGCAAUCUCGUGCGCUGCUCUUCAUCCUCAGUCGAGAAAGAACAGAUGUGUUUUUUUGAGUUCAAUUUGCUCUAGUUUGUUGGGAUGCAAUUAUGAAAGAAGUAGAGAAUGCGUGCAGUUUUUUUUUUUUUAAUGACUUGCCCCCCACUGUAUGGAAAAAGCUGAGUUUUUGAAACCUUAGUUGUAGAGUAAGGUGUGGUUUGUGAGCAAAAACAAACAACAAAAAGAGAAAAAACAGGAACACGUGAUCACAUACCAGUCUUUUGAACUGAAAUAAUUCUGUAGGAGGAAAAAAAAGACCCACAAAAAGUUUUCUGCACUAUUUUGCAGUUGAUUUUUUUUUAAACCUUUUGUCACUUCUAUUGUACACAACACUGGUGCUAAAAAUAUUUUCCAUAAUGUGGCUGUGGUAAUAGAUGGAAUAGCAUUUUUUUUCUUUGUCAUCCAGAUUAGUCCCAAAUCCAUCAUCCUUAUCAUCCUUUUCCUUUUUUUCCCCUUCCAAAAUUGUAAAAAGGAGAAAAAUUGUUUUCCCUGAUUUACUGUUUAAUGUGGUUUUUCUUUGAUGUAACCUUUUGAGUUGUGCAAAUGCAUUUCCUUUCAGUUUGGCCUCCUGAAACAAAACCUACAAAUGACUCUGCUUGGAGUUCAUGAGUGUGUUGCAACUCUGUUGUCGAUAGCAAAACAUGAAUAUGGUUAAAACAAAAACAAAAAAAUUGCCAUAAUUACACUACAAGGUACGGUUGGAUUUUUAAAAAUGUAUGUUGUGUUUUUCUUUUCAAUUUGAUUUGAUUCACCAUAUAUCUUGUUGAAGUAUGGAGUCAUAUUCCGAUGCGCGCGAAUACCAUUUGUCAUAAUUAGCGUGAUUCAACUUGAAUGGUGAAUGUGUACGCAUGCAUACGUUCUUUAAAAUCAAAACAAAAAAAGCAAAUAUAUUAAAAAAAAGAAAAAAAACAACAUUGAAACAAAUUGGAUUCAAAGGUUCAAGUGUAUGUUAUUGAGCCAUGCUGCGACUUGUGUGUUGCUGGUUGAAAUUAUAGUGAAAAAAAAAUAUCUGCGGGGUAAAAGAUUUGCCUGUGUUGCAUUUAGUAAGGCCACAUGUCUUUCCCAGUUGAUCUUAGAUUUAGUUCUGGAUGAAGGGAACUCGGCAAGGCUUAUUUUUUUUAGAUCCUUACCAUGAUUCUCAAGCACAAACUUCCCAUCAGUGCGUCAUUGCUUGGAAAUGAAUGUGUCAAUAAAAGGCCGUGCAUUUUGAAAUGGCUUUCGGAUGUGGGACCCCACUCCAGCUUCAGGGUCUCGGCCAUCUUGUCUUUAACAUUCAUCAGACACUCAGGAAUUUGUUCAUAUAUUUUCAUCAACAUGAUCUACAAUCAGCUGUGGAAGUGCAUUGACCAAACAUUGAUUGUAGACUACACAUUGACAUUAUUUCCAAGCAAGCCACAGAGAUGAUUGGUUUUAUUUAGAGCUAUAGAGUUUAAGGAGAGGAGGGAGAUAGAAGGAAGAACAAAAAAAAAAGCCAUCGUAGACUGCAUAAGCAAUGCGGGGGGGCUUCUCAAGAGCCCCCAAGGUUUCUAUGCAAUGCCAUGGCACUUGUAAACCUUCAAGAGUAUGUGGAGAAAAAUCAAUCAUGUAAAAUGUUGCAUGUUUGUUUUUCACAGGACGCCUGCAUUAAAAAAAGGUCUGAAAAUGCAGCAUGCAAACAUCAGCCCACCUUUUUGGGAUAAACCAAAAUGUUUAAGUGUGAGGUGAUUGAUUUUGAUGGUAUUUUUGGCCCAAUCCGAGACGAUUUUCACGUUUCGAGUUGAGUGUAGUGGUUGAGGUUGGGAGGCGACAGAACAUGUUAGUGAGUGUUCUCCUGAAGAGAGACAAAAAAUGUUGGCGGUAGUUUGUCAUCAAAAACAGUGACUCAUAAAGCGCAUAGUUCAAAGGAACGCGUCACCUUUCACCAUAAAAAUUAUUUUUCCGAAAGGAACGCGUCACACCUUUGUUAAAUUCUUCCUUUUUCCUAUGCUGCGUUUGAACGAAAAAAAAACCGGCAACUAAACAUGUAAUGAAGAAAAUGCAGUCAGUGAGGUGCUAUGUUGUUGUUUUUGGAACGACGCAGGCAGCGAGCGACUCGUUGUGUUGGGAUCGUGCCGUGGUUCAACGAACAUAAUCCCGCACUGAAAACAUUUCAAAUCAUUUCAUUCCUUCCUCUUGGUUGUCCCCGUCUCCCUCAAAGUAGCAGUGUGUGUUCUGAUUUCAUGUACACCCUGAGUAAAUGAUUUUGUUUCAUUGUGGAUUUCAUUAACAUCUAAUAAAAGGGUCGACCAAG